UAACAACUUAAACGGCUUAAAACAGUCAUUCAGUGACAAGAACACCAAAAAUUCUAUCUCACUAAAAAUAGCCGAAAUUCCUAUCACUAUACUGGUUUUAUUUCCUAUAGGCCUGUAACUUUAAGAAGGUGAGGCGUGGCCCGGUAGGUACACCUAUGUUUCCGGGAGCGCGUGCGAGAGUAAACAGGUAUGGGAGAAAAAUCUCAUUCGGUUGGUUUUGUUGAAACCAAGCAUCGCUAAAGCACAGUUUCGCACACAGAUCGAAGUCAAACUAUUGACAUGAGUUUAUCACUCCCUGACGUUUGUUCAUUCGGAAUUUAACAGUUUACCUAGAUCAUCCAGUGGUGAAGUCUACGUGUAGAGAUUCUCUAAUGAUCGCCGUGGGAGCUUUUGUUCUGUUUCUAAAGAGGACCAAACCAAGAUAGCCUACGAAUCCAACAAUGAGAUUAGCUGUUAUAUUUUUAUAUUUUGCAUCUUCGUGUCAAACAGUUUUAUUUGUCAAAGGUGGUGCAGGUGUUGGGCGAGCACCUGCAAGUGUUUUUGGAGAACUGGGUCAGAAUGUUACACUUCCUUGCCAUGACCUGGCUGCCAACGUUACUCCAGCGCUGACACAGUGGUUCAAAGAUGGUACCAAUUUGAUCAAACGUAACCACUCUUCAGAACUUAAACCUGUACCAGGCCACUUAACCAUAUUGGACAAUGGGAGCCUGGUUAUCGUUGGGUUAAUGACUAUUGAUGACGGAUUAUAUGAGUGUCAAUGCUCGUCAAAGGACAUAAGCAAGGUUCACAAUCAUACAGGGGUGAUUCUGCAGAUUGUCAGCAGUCCAGAUGAUGUGACCCUGGAUAUCUCACCUGCACAAAAACUCCCAAAUGGAACCCUGUAUGUCCCAAACGGCACCACUGUUCAUUUCAAGUGCACAACACCCUCCGUGUCCUACCCAUCACAGACGUUAUCUUGGAUAUUGGAAUGGGCCAACUCAAGCAGGAGCACUUUAGUUUCUGGCAAUGGGACUCUGGUACAGUUUGAGGACCUGAACAUUUCGCCGACAUAUCAGGGAGAACACAUGUGUUUAGUAGAGAAUACGUUAUCUAAGAAGCAAAUGGGCAAGACUCUACAGCUGUUGGUGUAUUAUCCACCUGAACGUAACCCACAAUGCAGUUGGAGAGAACAGAAUGACUCCUCCAUCAUUACUUUUAUCUGCAGCUGGCUGGGGGGUUACCCUGCGCCCACCUUACAGUGGGAAGACUUGGCCUCCGGUGGGGGGGCAGUGUUCAACUCUACAGAUGACACGGUGGAGGUGACACUGAACAGGAGUCUACUGAGUGAUGGUCAGGAACUUAGGUGCCAAGGGAAGCACGUUGUCAUGAGUGAUGGUGAAGAAAAGUUCUGCCACUUAACCCUGAAGACUCCGUACCCUGAGGGCGAACCACUGGUAACGGUAGUGGAAGGAAGCAAUGUGACACUGACCUGCACCGAGAAGCAGUCUGUCCCUCCUGCCAAAACCAUAUGGCAGAGAACUGUUGCACACCUAGAUGUUAAGCCCAGCGCCAAGUAUGUUAUUUCUGACCUGGGGCCCACGUUUAGUCUAACCAUAGUGAACAUCACUAAAGAGGACGAGGGCACUUACUUCUGCAGGAGUGAGAAUCCAGUGGCUGCCCGCGAGUUAGAGAUCUACCUUACAGUCAAGUCCUCAGUGUCCUACACAGGUGGGAUUGUUGGCAUGUUCUUAUCUAUUCUGAUUCUCGGAGUUGGGAUUUGCAUCGGAAUGGCUGCAUACUCAAACCGCCACAGAAUUUGCUUGGGCUACCGGUUUGGUUUUAUGACAGAGGAGAGGAAUGAUGUACUAAAUCUGGUGGAUUCAGAGGAUGAAGAGAUAUUUCAGGAUGCAGUGCCUCAGUUGCCAGUCUUGUCAAAUGGACACUCCACAACACUAGUGGAGAUUCAUCGGAUCCCAUCCAGUGAUCAUGAAGACCAAGAAAACACACAAGGAUCUCAAGAAAACCGAGAUGCUAUUAUUGUGGCAGAAUAGAAGAUUGAAGAGUUACAUUAUACAUAUUGUAAAUAUUUCCAUGGACAUUAAUCCAAUCUGAGGAGUUUGUGAAUUGAUUGCUAUGGAACUUUAACCUUAAUGUAGGCCUACUUUUUACAUAAACUUUUCUUUUAUGUA